CCCCGGUGCGCUUAAGGCGACCGCGCCCGUAGAGUUUUCCGCCCCGCGGGCUCCUCCAGUGGUUCGCAGUCGGUCGCGGGUCGGUAUCCGGAAAAGGAAAAGCGACAGUGGGAAGGAGCUCCAAGUAGAACUCAGCGCCCAGGUCCCCGGUGACAGGUGGAACAGUUGUCUGCUUGGUGUUGUCUUCCUGUUUUUACUCUGUCGUAGAAGGGAAAGAGUGUCUAAUUUCAAGUGCCUGCAGUUGGAUUGAUCUCACCCAGGUUUAACCAUGAGCUACCCAGGCUACCCCCCACCUGCAGGUGGUUACCCUCCAGCUGCUCCAGGUGGCGGUCCCUGGGGAGGGGCUGCCUAUCCUCCUCCUCCCAGCAUGCCCCCCAUCGGACUGGAUAACGUGGCCAACUAUGCAGGGCAGUUCAACCAGGACUACCUCUCAGGCAUGGCAAGCAACAUGUCUGGGACAUUUGGAGGCGCCAACAUGCCAAACCUGUAUCCUGGAGCUCCUGGGAGUGGCUAUCCUCCAGUCCCCCCUGGUGGCUUUGGGCAGCCCCCUCCUGCCCAGCAGCCUGUCCCUCCUUAUGGAAUGUACCCACCCCCAGGGGGAAACCCACCUUCUGGGAUGCCCUCAUAUCCAUCCUACCCAGGGGCCCCUGUGCCAGGCCAACCCAUGCCACCCCCGGGGCAGCAAACCCCAGGGGCCUAUCCUGGACAGCCUCCAAUGACCUAUCCUGGACAGUCACCGAUGCCACCCCCUGGGCAGCAGCCAGUGCCAAGUUAUCCAGGAUACUCAGGAUCCGGUACUGUUACCCCUGCUGUUCCUCCAGCCCAGUAUGGAAACCGAGGCACCAUCACAGAUGCUUCUGGAUUUGACCCCUUGCGAGAUGCUGAGGUCCUUCGGAAGGCCAUGAAGGGCUUUGGAACGGAUGAACAAGCCAUCAUCGAUUGCCUAGGGAGCCGUUCUAACAAGCAGCGGCAGCAGAUCCUCUUGUCCUUCAAGACAGCCUAUGGCAAGGAUUUGAUCAAAGACCUAAAAUCAGAGUUGUCAGGAAACUUUGAGAAGACUAUCCUGGCCCUGAUGAAGACCCCGGUCCUGUUUGAUGUCUGUGAGAUAAAGGAAGCCAUCAAGGGAGCUGGUACUGAUGAGGCCUGCCUGAUCGAAAUCCUCGCUUCCCGAAGUAAUGAACACAUCCAGGAACUAAACAGAGCCUACAAAACAGAAUUUAAAAAGACUCUGGAGGAGGCCAUUCGAAGUGACACAUCAGGACACUUCCAGAGGCUCCUCAUCUCUCUCUCUCAGGGAAACCGUGAUGAGAGCACAAACGUGGACAUGUCCCUUGUGCAGAGAGAUGUCCAGGAGCUGUAUGCGGCUGGGGAGAACCGCCUAGGAACAGAUGAGUCCAAGUUCAAUGCAAUUCUGUGCUCGAGGAGCCGGGCGCACCUGGUGGCAGUUUUCAACGAGUAUCAGAGGAUGACGGGCCGAGACAUUGAGAAGAGCAUCUGCCGGGAGAUGUCUGGGGACCUGGAGCAGGGCAUGCUGGCUGUGGUGAAAUGCCUGAAGAACACCCCUGCCUUCUUUGCUGAAAGACUCAACAAGGCUAUGCGGGGUGCAGGAACAAAAGACCGGACUCUGAUUCGCAUCAUGGUGUCUCGAAGCGAGAUUGACCUCCUGGAUAUCCGAGCAGAGUAUAAGCGGAUGUAUGGCAAGUCACUGUACCACGAUAUCACGGGAGACACUUCUGGGGACUAUAGGAAGAUUCUGCUGAAGAUCUGCGGUGGCAACGACUGAGCAGUGACAGUGGCUCUCCUCUGCCUCCUGCUGGCAUUGGCAGGGAAAGGCCCACAGAGUGUCCUUAAGUUUUUCAUAUUCUAUCCAGUAUCCCCAGACACACCAUUUCUCCCCUUUCCUUCUGGUCCCUCCUCAUCCACAUACUGUGCCGAAAGGGCCCAGCUGGGCCGGAGUUCUCAGGCAGCCAUCUCCCUGGCCCUCACAGCCUUUUGCUGUUCAGAAUAGAUGUUUUUGCUCUCCUGGCUCCUGCAGUCAUUCCUCAUCGCUGUGGCUUUGUUGUAGACAUGUGAUUUUGUAUUUUUAUUGCUAAGCUUUUUUUAAACCAUCUUUGCCAGGCAGAUGCAUACGAGUGAGUUUACUAUAUACAUGUUUCUGAGGAGUGGUCAGUGGGUGGACAUCCCCGUCCUUGCUGGAGAAAGGGAGGUCUUGUCAGGGUACUACUGUGUUUGAUAAGAAUGUGUCAUGAGUUUUGUUUUUGCCAAAUUCACUCCUUUUUUUUUUAUUUAGAAAAAGGCCAAGAAAUCAUUUGUUCCAUCUUCCAUGCAAAACUGUGCGAGAAUAAAGCCAGUCCCCUGCGAGUGACUGGGACCCUUGUAGUUUGUACUGUGCCUUAAACCUGAACAUCUGUAGCCAAAAGCUGUUUCCAAAUUAAAGUCAGCCAGCUCUGGAACAUUCUGGAAAUAA